UUCUGAAAGGGGGAGGGGCCAGGUUAAGGAGCGCCGCGUCACGUCCGGCCGACUUAGAGCCCGUGCGGAGGCGGUGCGGAGCGCUUCGGUCCUCAGCGGCUCGGGAACGUGUGCGUUCUGAGAGGCUGCGGCGGAGCCUCCCUAUAGAAGGCGCAAGAGGUUGGCAGCUUCGAUUGAAGCACGUCGAGCGGCGACAGCAGUUAGGAGUCAUGAGCGACAGCGGCGAGCAGAACUACGGCGAGCGGGAAUCCCGUUCUGCUUCCAGAAGUGGAAGUGCUCAUGGAUCUGGGAAAUCUGCAAGGCAUACCCCAGCAAGGUCUCGCUCCAAGGAAGAUUCCAGGCGUUCCAGAUCAAAGUCCAGGUCCAGAUCUGAAUCUAGGUCUAGAUCCAGAAGAAGUUCUCGAAGGCAUUACACAAGAUCAAGAUCUCGGUCUCGCUCCCAUAGACGAUCCCGUAGCAGGUCUUACAGUCGAGAUUAUCGAAGACGGCAUAGCCACAGUCAUUCUCCCAUGUCCACUCGCAGGCGUCAUGUUGGGAAUCGGGCAAAUCCUGAUCCCAACUGCUGUCUUGGAGUAUUUGGAUUGAGCUUGUACACUACAGAAAGAGAUCUAAGAGAAGUAUUCUCUAAAUAUGGCCCCAUUGCUGAUGUGUCCAUUGUAUAUGACCAGCAGUCUAGACGUUCAAGAGGAUUUGCCUUUGUAUAUUUUGAAAAUGUAGAUGAUGCCAAGGAAGCAAAAGAGCGUGCCAAUGGAAUGGAACUUGAUGGACGUAGGAUUAGAGUUGAUUUCUCUAUAACAAAAAGACCACAUACCCCGACACCAGGGAUUUACAUGGGGAGACCCACCUAUGGCAGCUCACGCCGUCGGGAUUACUAUGACAGAGGAUAUGAUCGAGGCUAUGAUGAUCGAGACUACUACAGCAGAUCGUACAGAGGAGGAGGUGGAGGAGGAGGAGGAUGGAGAGCUGCUCAAGACAGGGAUCAGAUUUACAGAAGGCGGUCACCUUCUCCUUACUAUAGUCGCGGAGGAUACAGAUCACGUUCUAGAUCUCGAUCAUACUCACCUCGUCGCUAUUAAAGCAUGAAGUUGAAGACUUUCUGAAGCCUACCCUAGAGUUGGGAUAUUGUUUGUGGACAAUAUUUUUUAUUGUCUCCUGUUUAAAAAGUGAACAGUGCCUAGUGAAGUUAGGUGACUUUUACACCUUUUAUGAUGACUACUUUUGGUGGAGUUGAAAUGCUGUUUUCAUUCUGCAUUUGUGUAGUUCGGUGCUUUGUUCAAAGUUAAGUGUUUUCAGAAAAGUAUGUUUUGCAUGUAUUUUUUUACAGUCUAAAUUUUGACUGCUGAGAAGUUUCUAUUGUACAAAACUUCAUUUAAAAGGUUUUUCUACUGAAUCCAGGGUAUUCUGAAGAUCGAAGCCUGUGUGUAAAAUGCUACCAAAUGGUAAAAAGCAACAAUAAAGUUUGGUUUUUACUUUUC